AUUUUUCUUUGCCUUUUCAAAUUGUUGAAUCUAAGGACGAGAGUGAAGCAACGAAUACGAUAUGUCAAACGGAGCUCCACUCAAAAUCCACCACACGUGACCCAUCCCCCAAACAAAAGGUCUCUCUUCCAAUCAAAAUUUCUCCUCCUCCUCCUCUCUCUCGCAUUUAACUGCAAAAACCGGAAAGAAACCCACGAGUGCUUUAGCGUCACUGAAUUGUGUUGUGGCAAUUUUCUGUUAUCGUUCUAAAUUAUCUGAUUGAAGAAGAAGAAGAAGAAGAAGAAGAAAUGGCAUGUGCAUCACAGGCAAUGAUAUCAGCAAACACCUGCGCAUUCUCUUCCCCUAGACUCUUCAAGAAAUACAGAAGCUUAAAUAGGCGAAAUUUGAAGACUUUCACACUCAGAGCUUCAUCUGAUGACCCUGAUUGUAACGAUGAGGAAUGUGCUCCUGAUAAGGAGGUUGGCAAGGUGAGUGUGGAAUGGUUGGCUGGGGAUAAAACUAAAGUUGUUGGUACAUUCCCUCCGCGAACUCGUGGUUGGACAGGGUAUGUUGAGAAGGAUACUGCAGGGCAAACAAAUAUCUACUCUGUCGAGCCAACAGUAUAUGUAGCAGAAAGUGCAAUAAGCUCAGGAAAUGCAGGUUCUUCUUCUGAUGGAGCUGAAAAUACAGCUGCAAUUGCUGGUGGCCUUGCCCUGAUUGCUGUGGCUGCUGCUUCAUCAAUUCUCAUCCAAGUUGGUAAGAACGAGCCAGUCCAGGUGCAGACUGUUGAAUAUUCUGGACCAUCUCUCAGUUACUAUAUCAACAAAUUCAAACCUCCAGAAAUAGUCGAAGCUGCAGUUCCAAGUCAACUUGAACCCGCCCCAUCUGUACAGUCAGAAACCUCUGCACCAGAAGUUCCUCAGAUGGAGGUUCAAUCCCAAUUACAGGCGGAGCCUCCAAGUUCAAGUGAGAACAGCAUUUCUUAGGCUAAUUCAUUUGGCUUAAAUUCUUUAAUUGUAGAAACUUGAGAUUUUCUUCUAUACCAAUGAUGUAUACUAAAUUUAAGGUUUUAUAUUGCAUCAAACACAACAAAAUGAAGGGAAAUAUGCUAAAGUUGCUAUUGGCAUGAAUGAGAGAGAUACGAAGAGGAAUAUUACUAAAGUUGCUACCUGCAACUAACAAAUUCUAAUUACAAUAUUUUACUAGUAAAUGGCAGUUAAUGGAAAUGGAUAUUUCAGGAGACAAAA